UUGGAUCUUGCCCAAGCUCUUGAACCCCCAGCGGACCCCUCGGUGCCUUUACUCUCUGCCGCGCCCACUCCUUCUCCUACUCUCGGGGAACUUUCCGGCCGGUGGGGGGCCCAGACUCAGAGGCUUCGUGUCAUCCCUGUCCCAGGUGACAGCUUCGCCGUGAGCGCUGCCUGGGCUCGGAAGGGCAUCGAGGAGUGGAUCGGGAGGCAGCGCUGCCCAGGUGGUGUCUCAGGACCCCGACAGCUGCGGUUGGCGGGCACCGUUGGUCGAGGCACCCGGGAGCUCGUGGGCGAGGUGCUCAGAGACGCGCUCAGCGAGGAGGAGGAGGAGGAGGACUUCCGUCUAGAAGUGGCCCUGCCGCCCGAGAAGACCGACGGCCCAGGCCCGGGCCCAGGCCCAGGCGGUGGAGACGGGAAGAGGCUGGAGAGGGGGAGCGAAUCCUGCCCGGGCUCCAAGAAGCAGCUGAAGUUCGAAGAGCUACAGUGUGAUGUGUCCGUGGAGGAGGACAGCCGGCAGGAGUGGACCUUCACCCUGUAUGACUUUGACAACAAUGGCAAGGUCACCCGCGAGGACAUCACCAGCCUGCUGCACACCAUCUACGAGGUGGUCGACUCCUCCGUCAACCACUCCCCGGCCUCCAGCAAGACGCUGCGGGUGAAGCUCACCGUGGCCCCCGACGGGAGCCAGAGCAAGAGGAGUACCCUGCUCAGUCAGGCCGACCUGCAGAGCUCCAGGCCCAGAGCAGAGACCAAGCCGGCCGAGGAGCUGCGGAGCUGGGAGAAGAGGCAGCGAGCGCCCCUCAGGUUCCAGGGCGACAGCCGCCCGGAGCAGGCCGGCUGCUACCACCACUGCGUGGACGAGAACAUCGAGAGGAGAAACCACUACCUGGACCUGGCAGGGAUAGAGAACUACACAUCCCAGUUUGGGCCUGGCUCCCCGUCUGCGGUCCCAAAGUCAGAACUGCCCCCCCGCACCUGCAACCCCGCUCGAUCUCGCUCCCACGAGCCAGAAGCCGUCCACGUCCCACACCGGAAGCCCCAAGGCGCGGACCCAGGCUCCUUCCACCUCCUGGACACCCCGUUCUCCAAGGUCUCCGAGCUCCAGCAGCGGCUCCGGGGCGCCCAGGAUGGGAGCAAGCACUUUGUGAGGUCCCCCAAGGCUCCGGGCAAGAGCGUGGGUGCGGGCCACGUGGCCAGAGGAGCAAGAAGCAAGCCCCCUCUGGCACCUGCUGUCCCCGUGGUGUCCCCCUCGGCCCACCCGGCCACCAGUCCAGCCCUCCUCCCCAGCCUGGCGCCCCUCGGGCACAAGAAGCACAAGCACCGAGCCAAGGAGAGCCAGCCGGGCUGCCGGGGCCUGCAGGCGCCGCUGGGCGCAGGCGCGGUCCUGGGGCGGGAGCACGUGAGGGAGCUGCCCGCCGUGGUGGUGUACGAGAGCCCGGCCGGGCAGGUCCAGAGACACGAGCACCACCACCACCACGAACAUCACCACCACUACCACCACUUCUACCAGACCUAGGCCCCAGGCCCCUGCCCAGGCGUGAUCCCAUUAAUUAUUGUUAUUAUGACGACGAUUGUUAUUAAUAAUUAUUGCUACUCCACUAAUAUCUAGCUAGCCUUCCUGUAGAAGAUCUAUGGAAACACAGAAGGAAAUGUUUAUUUAUAUGUUGCAGGGACCGCGUAACACCCCCGAAACGACUCGGGGUUUGGGAAGGGGCCCGCAGACGGGGCAGGCUCCCUGGGGCUACCGAGCUGCGGGGCCCCUGAGGAUCGGCCCACACCCUUCCCAGCGCCGCGGGAGCCAAAACUCCACCCCACCCCAGUCCCUCCCUCCCAGGAGAACACCCUUCCCCGUCCAGCUUCAGAGCGCCUCCGAGUCUCUGAGAGACCAGCAGCUGCUACCUCUUAGUCUUCUUCUGAUUCGAUUUUGCCCUUAACCGGUGGUGACAUGCCACAAGGGAUCUCAGUGGACUGCAGACACGCGACCUCCCUCCUGUUGUGCUUUUAUGUCCCAACCUGGAGACCUUAGCGCUCCUUUCUGGAGUUUUCUUUCACGCCUUCCCAGUGGGAUUCACAGCCUCACCCCCAAAAGCCCCCUCUUUCCUGCCAGGCACCACAUGAGAAUCCACUCCUCCUCCUCCUCCGUCCCCCUUCUCCUCGAUUCUUUUGAAAGACAGAUGUCCACAUGUUUAAGGACCAUCCCUGAAACCAGCCUUCGCAUUUUGGAAACCACUAAAGAGAGAACCAGCCACGUAAACAAGUCGGUUUUCCCAGACGGAGCAGUCGGUGCGGUGUUGGCCGUGGGGACCUGGUGUCUCACCACUGGCACACACCUGUGCACCUGCGGGGUCCUCUGACAGCCUCCGUAUCCAUAGGGAGACGCUGCCUCUCCGUGUCCAUGCACCGUCCUAUAAGUGCGUCUCAGAUCCCGCUGCUGGUGUGUGGGCAUCUGGUCUACCUCUCUGGAUGCUUCCUGAGACCAGACGUGAGCCUGGUGCCUACUGUGGGGCUGAUGGCCAUCAGAUACAAAGAGCCACUUGCCGCAUCGGAGGUCCUUUUUCAAAAUUUGGGGUCUCUUCCAAUUGUGGAGAGACCUGCUGGGGCACAGAUGCUUGGAGGGGAAUAGGGACUAGGGCCAGGGUCGGGAUCCUGGGGCACUGUCCUCUACAGAGAGGAGUUUGCUGGCCAGGACCUGGGAAGAGGAGGAAAAGGACCACUGUCCACCAGGUGGGGCCCGGCCCAAAACAUCACAUACUCAGAUUCGGCCCUUUGAGGAGAGUUUGGUGAAGGGGUUAUUGACAGAGUGAGGACAAGCACCCGAGACACUGCAGAAGCCCAGGCUAGCUCCCGGGGCCACCCCACCCAUGGGCCCGAGGGAGGAGGGGACAUCCUUGGCAGAGUCGGGGGGCUGAGGGGACACCUUCAGGGGACAUGACCGAGGGAUGCUGGGGCCUUCCGGGGGCGUGAAAACCUGACCCACAUUCCUGCUGCUCUGGGUUCUGUCCGGGCCCCGUGGCCGAGAUCACCAGGAGCAGGGAGCCUGUGGACGUGGUCACGUGGGCAUUCUGGAGAGGGGACAGUGAAUCUGGACUCCGGCUCCUCCUUCCUGCUGCUUUCUCCUGUAGCUGGGGUCCUGCCUCCAGCGGGGGUUGGUGUGGUAGGGAGCAGCUGCGGUCACCCUUUCAGUAGUGCUUCUAGUUACUCGCGUCCCCGGGACGGAAGAAGACCACCCUCAGGACCACCCUCACAGGCAGGCGGUAGAGGCUCAGGCACCCCAUCUGGGGCUCAGAGGGGUUAAGUGACUCUCUUGAGGCCACACAGUAAGAGGCGGGGCCGGGGCGCCAUCUCCCUCAGAGUCGGGGGUACCCACUGGAGAGGUGAGCCCCCGGGGUCUUAGAUUCCUUGCAUGAGGCUGUGGGUUCUGUUCAGUUGGGACCCAACUCAAACUGAGCUGAAUGUGACCAGACAUGGGGGAGGCAGGGCUGGCUUUGAGAGGAUGGCGUCCAGGUGUGACUGAAGCUGAGAGGUGUCCUUCCCUCUCUGGGACUUGGACCCUGAGACUAGCUGUGGUCCCAACUCUUGGCACUCGGGGUUCCAAGACCAAAAGGAAAGUUCUCUGAUUGGCUGGGCUUAGAUCAGGUACCCACCCCUGAACCAACCCCGUGGCCCCCUGGGUCACAUGUCCACCGUGGCAGGGUCCUGGUCAGCACCGGAAGGCAGCAGGGGAGGAGUGCUGAGCAGAGGGGCACUAAGGACCCUCUGGCCCAGAGGUGCCAGGACAGUGACACUGGCCAGGGAGCCGGGGUCUGUGGUCUUGGAGCAGUUCCGUGGCCUCUUAGAGGAGGCCCCUGCUGCCUCCUCCCGCCCCUGCUGCCUCCUCCCGCCCCUGCCCGUCAGGAUUCUGUGGUUGGUAACUCUGAUGGGCCCAACUUUAAGAAAUCAUUUUAGAAACAGCAACGUGCACAUGGUAAACAAUUCAAGUAGUACCAAAACAGCAGACUGUCCCUGUGGGGACAAGUCCCUGUCCCAUCAUCCCAGCCACCCAGUCUCUGGUGCAGCUUCCUGGAGCCUCCAGGACCGAGCGUGCGGUAGGGGUUGUGAGCACAGACCCGGGUGCUGAGCUGCUGGGGUGGAGUCGGCUCUGGCUUCACAGCUCUGGCUUCAAGUGAAGCACUGGGCUUCCGUUUCCCUUCUGUGAGCGCUGUUGAAGGGGUAGCUGACCCUCGUUGCCAGAAUAAAUGCAUUUAUGUAAAAUA